UUGUGGGGGUUGCGCGGUGACGGCGAUGCGGCAUUGUUUCCGGGAGGCGUCAGCAGCUGUGGCGCUGGUGAGGCGGUCGGCGGUCGGCGGGCGGCGGGCGGCUGGCGGCGGUAUAUAGGUGGGGGCGGGGUGCAGCGUGCUGGCAGCCCGCGCUCUCGCUCAGACAUGUGGCGGCUCCUGCUGGCGGCGGCGGUGGCGGCUGCGGCGGCGGCGGCCGCGCGCGAGGUACUCGUCUGGCGCGACGAGUUCGACACGCUGGACCCCGCCGUCUGGGACCACCUGGUGACCGGCUCGCGCGGCUACAACAGCGAGUUCCAGUACUACCGCAACAGCCGUCAGAACAGCUACGUGAGGGACGGCGUGCUGUACAUCCGGCCCACACUGACGGCGGACGAGCGCGGCGAGAAGUUCCUGUACACGGGUACGCUGUCCGACCCGGCCUGCAACCUCAACCCCUGCGUCUCGAAGGCCGGCAGCGACAUCGUGACGCCGCUGCAGUCGGCGCGCAUCCGCACCAUCAAGUCCUUCUCCUUCCGCUACGGCCGCAUCGAGGUGCGGGCCAAGAUGCCCCGCGGAGACUGGCUCUGGCCCGCUAUCUGGCUGAAGCCGGCGCGCAACGAGUACGGCGGGUGGCCGGCCUCCGGGGAGAUCGACCUGGUGGAGUGCCGCAGCAACCGCAAGCUCACCACCGCCGCGGGCGCCUCCAUGGGCGUCGACCACGUGGGCGCCACGCUGCACUUCGGGCCCAACUCUUCCUACAACGUCUGGAGGCAGACACACUGGAUGGCGACUCUCUCCAAGGGCCGUGACUUCGCGGACGACUUCCACCUCUAUGGGAUGGUGUGGACACGUAACUCUAUCAGCUUCACGAUCGAUCAUCAGCUGAUCGGGUCGAUCUCGGCGCCCCCCGGUGGCUUCUGGAGGCUGGGCGGCUUCGAGCAGAACCCCGGCGGCAACAACAUCUGGCGCGCGGGGGACGUGCUUGCGCCUUUCGACAAAGAGUUCUUCAUCAUCAUGAACGUGGCGGUGGGCGGCAAGUUCUUCCCGGACGGGUGGCGCAACUUCCCGCGGCCCAAGCCGUGGAACUGGACGUCGGCGGCGCCGAUGCGCGACUUCUGGGAGCGCCGCCACUGGUGGCAGCCCACGUGGCGGGCCGAGGACGCCGCGCUGCGCGUCGACUACGUGCGCGUCUUCGCCUUCCCCUACUCGUCCGUCACCCGCAGGUGACACGCGGCCACACGCCCGCUCCCGCUUCUCCUCACGUGCCAACGGCGGCGCCCUCAACGGCGCGCGCCACAGCUCUGACGUCUCCAGGGAGGCCCUGACGCUACUGCCCUCUCCUCUGACAUUCUUUCUCCAGGAUCUGAUAUGGAGGAAGCUUCAAAAAGACAAACGUAGCAAACAGACCGCUAGCUGUUGUGUAGUGCCAGUAGCCGUACAAUGAGUUUAUUGCCAUAGAUGGGCCCGUCGGUUUUCUGGUGGUGACCUUAACAAGCUGCGCACAAUAGCAGAAUGGGAUUAAAACGCAGAACCAGCCUGCCGCGGAACGCUUCUUGCAGAGGUACCUCAUGUCUAAGCAACCACAUAAAACUUAUACCUAUUAUGUAAAACUCGCCCUUAUGUUUAUGGUUCGCAGUGCCAUUAUGUAACCCUCCGAGCUUAGUCUGAACUGCCGAAUUGAGUAAGUUUAUAAUGGGAAGUUUGUUCUGCAAAAGGAGACGGCCGAAGGUCGAGUUAAAUUGCAAAGUAAGAUAAAAAAACCGAUUUUAUAAGAUGACAUCAAUGUUAGCUAUUUUGCUUCGUUUAAUUAAGGUAUACACAUGUGUAGAAAUGCCGACGUGAUGAGAAUGCUGCUUUAGCAACAGUGCCAGUUUUUCAGUCAUCAUAUCAACAUUUUUCUGUAGAAACCGUUUUAUGAAGCUAAGGAAGGGCAGCGUGCUAUUUAUCUGCAAGUGGUGUGAUGACAGGUAAAUAAGAACUCGAUAAUACGCCACGUUAAAAGUGGAAGGCCUGAUUUUACCAUUUUUAUGAAGUAAAAUAAUAUUGGUCCAUAUUUAGAGGCAGAGCACCUUAACAAAAGGCAUUUGAUACAGUAUUUAAGUUGUAAGUUUCCAAUAGAAACUGUCCAUACGUAUAACUGAGCUAGAAAGAAAAUGUGUGAAGAUUUGUCAUAUGACAGGAUAGAGUGAACAGAAAUGUCUCCAAAACACAAGCACUCGGUUGGCACCAGCUUCUCAAAC